CAAUACAGUCAACUGGAACUGUUGCACUUGGUUGUGUGACACUGGUAGAUGCAACAGGCCACGAACAUCCAAUAUCGGUGAACUUCUGCACCUCAUUUCAGCAACUCAACGAAAUGCUCCAUGUUCUGUUUAAACGCGACUCGAUUGAAGCUCGAAUUCAGCGACAAUUUAUAGAAAUAGGACAAUAUGAUUUAUGCAUUGACAAUGGCAUGCAAGUAACCCAACUGACAAGCCAUGGAUGAUCGGGAAUUGAACCAGGCACGAGGAUUGUCAUGAGGGUUAUCAUCGAACAGCAGGAGACAUCAUCCUCCAGAUCUGGAGUUUCCUAUACAUGUCGUUUUUGUCGCGCCGAGAAUCACCUCAGUCUUGGGUCUGUUAUGCAUUCGCUUGCACGGCAGGCUGGGUGCUCGAUUGAUUGCCGAGUAUGCAAACGACGGUUUUAUAUAUCCCGCGUAUCUCGCAGGGCGAAACGGAAUACUCGAUCCUUUAACAUUGACUCCGAUCACACGACUGAAGCUGAAAUGCACCUUAUUCGCAACUUUCACGUCCAGCAAACGUCGAUGAGCAGUGCUAGUACGAGUACGAGUAAUUCGAGCGUGAGGAGUGUAUCGACGACGGCUACGGGUGGGAGUCGGAGGGCUGGAGGACAGGUUUCGCAGAUGCCUAAGAAUGUCAAGAUCAUGAGUGGCGUGCCUUGGGAACUCGACGAGCUUCCAAGACAGCGACAUCCGAAUGCAGUGGGUGAUAUCUUCGGGUCGCCUCCUCAGCGCAAACCACGCACGCGCAAGUCGAAGUUGGACACGAUAGGCAAAACGCCCGAGAAAGUGCAGAUGGGCCAGAGCAAUGCGCUGGCGAAGAUGCUCUCUGCUCUGAGACGCUAAAGUGAAGUGCAGGUUGAAGAAGACGCGCUGUGUUUGUGGGGGAGAUGCAUUGUAUGGCACCCACUACUACUUACGGUGCGAAGAUCAAAUUUUUGUGAUUCGUGUGCUUAUGGGAUUUGGUGGGGUAGGCGAUUUCGAUGCCGUUGUGCAUAUUGUGCUGUGCUGUUUUUAUUUGUGCAUAAUAAUCCUUGGCCUGCGGUCAGCAAAUCACUCAGAAAAAUCAUAGCAUUCAACUCCAUUCCGUCCUUCAUUA